CGUUAAGUCUUUCUCAGUGUCUGUGUGUGUGUGUGUGUUCUUGGAGGUUCUUUGGACCCCAAAAUUCGAGCUGCAUUCCCGUGGGGUAAUCCGAAUGGCUUCGUCCGUCGAUCCUCUGGUGGUGGGCCGCGUGAUCGGUGAUGUGGUCGACAUGUUCGUGCCGAGCGUGAACAUGUCCGUGAGCUACGGCUCAAAGCAUGUCACCAACGGCUGCGACAUCAAGCCCUCCAUCGCGGCCAGCGGCCCCAAGAUCAGCAUCUCCGGCCACCUGGAUGAGCUCUACACCUUGGUGAUGGUGGAUCCUGAUGCACCGAGCCCUAGCGAGCCAAGCCUGCGAGAGUGGAUUCACUGGAUCGUGGUUGACAUCCCUGGAGGCACAAAUCCUAACCGAGGAAAAGAGAUAUUAACCUAUGUGGGGCCACGCCCUCCGGUGGGGAUCCACCGAUUCAUCCUGGUGCUGUUCCAGCAGAAGACUCCCAUCGGCCACAUCGACCACCCCAACUCGCGCGCCAACUUCAACACCCGCCUCUUCGCCGCCCACCUCGACCUCGGCCUCCCCGUGGCGACCGUCUACUUCAACUCCCAGAAGGAGCCUGCCAACCGCCGCCGCUGACAUCUGAACCGAGGUGG